CUCUAAUAAUAAAUGCAUUCGUUUACGCUAAAAGUACAACGAUCAGCAAUUCAUAUCUUGCCUCCGAAAAUGUUUGCAUCCUCCACAUGUUUUCCAAUUUCAGGAGGCUAUAAGUUGCUUGCUUAUUUAAGCCUAACUACUUUUUCAAUAACAAGGAUUUGUUGGAGUCGGUGGUUAAUUUAAUCCAUGGUGGGGGGCGUAAAAGCCAUUAAUUAUAGCACAAUAAAGAAGACCCCAGUUGGUUAAGCCGUCGUCUAUGGUCGAUGGCAUGCACAGAUGAUAGCUUCAGUUGGAUUUAGGCCGUCGCUAGAAGAAGAUCUCGCAAGAUGAGAUGUCUCUUAGUGCUUCCCGUUUCAUUUUUCCUGCUAGCCACAUCAGUUCAAUCCCAAUCUGAUGGCAAUCUCUCAGAAGAUGUGGAGUUGCUCGACAAUGCACAAUCCGAUCCAAAUAAAGAGAACGAGGACUAUCAUCAACGUCGCCGCAAUUAUGGGUAUGGCCAUCACUCAGUGGUUCACUCAGCUCCUCCAGUCGUCAGAACCCGCGUGACGGUCCAAAAAAGGAUUUUGCGACCAAUCAUUCGAGAUCACGGGGUAGCUCACGUGAUACCGGGACAUGGGAUCGAUCACGGAUUUGAAGGCUCUUACGUGGCCGUUUCUGGUCGACCUGGACGGAGAACCGUGCAUGCGGUGAAUGGACGAGGGAGUGUAGCGGUUCAACCAGGCUUCGGCGGCGCAGUUCGCCCUAGGGUGUCGCAUGUCCACCCCAUCCAUGAUUACGAUUAUUACGAUAGUGGCGUCAACGUGGAAACCUUGCUUCCCAAAUGCAGCUACAUUAACACCGAUCUUGAGGGCAAUGAUGUGGGUGAUGGACGUGGCCUGACAGCUGGAUCUCCUUACGCCUGCAAACAAUCCUGCAUUGACCAAGAUGGCUGCCAAUUCUGGACCUUUCGCCGAGGAUGGGCCCGAGAUUGCUAUCUCAAGCGAGGCGACGGUGACCGAACCCCAAAUAAUGUCCGUCGAAGGCCGGGAUUUGUGUCUGGUUCCAGAAGCAAUGAUUGCGUCUGUCUUGAAGAUGGUGGCAAUGAUAUCUGUCCCACCAGGAGGCGUGGUGGUCAAGCCUAUCCAUGGAACCAUCGGUCCAGCCGUCCUCGGUUUGACUAUGAUGAUUACGAUUUUGAUGACGCAGAUGACCGCGACUUUGAAGUGGCCACUAGAAACAGGGACAGAGAUGAUGACAACGAUAGAGAUGAUGAUGACGAUAAUGAUGGUGGAGGCCGAAGAAACCGAAACCGGAAUCGAAACCGCAACCGAAAUCGAAAUCGAAGUAAUCGGAACCGCGACCGAAAUGAUGACGAUGCUGAAGAUCUGAAAAAAUAAACACUCGUUAAUUUAA